AUGGCUUAUGGAAUGGUUAACAGGGUUAGGAUACCUGGCUUCUAUUAUGAUGAAGAAAAGAAACGAUACUUCAAGAUUGACAAAAAUAAAUUCUCUCAUACAAAGAGCGUCAUUAAUAAAGAGCGUCUUUCUUCUUUGCGAACUGAAAAAAAACGUUUAUCAGAUUUGAAAUUGUUUUCUUGUGCUGCAAGGAAAGGUAAUACCAAUAUUAAAAAUUUUGUAUCUCUACUUGAGAGCAGAAGAUAUGGCUUUAUGUCAACUCCUACACAAUUUGUCCACAAUGUAAAUGAAUCAGCUAUCUCUUCAAUCAACUACUGCUCCAGUAACUCAAAAUUGUUGCGACAGUAUGAUCUUUGCAAUUCUACUAAAAUUUCAUUCAACAAAUCUGAUGACUCCUUCGUUGUCAUUGAUAAAUAUACUGGAAAUUUUUAUUCUGUAAAUAUUGAUCCAAAAAAGAAUAAAUCAUGGAAAAAUGUGCCUAACUACUCUUUAAAGAAACCCAACUUUGAUUUAAAAAUAAUUUCACAUCAAAGAUUACAUUGUAAAGUUCUUGAUUUUUCCUGGCUUGAUGAUGAGAAUGUAAUAGCAUUCGGAGUUUCUUCUGACUUCUCUCCAAUUAGUAAAUUGAUCCUACAAAGCAAACACAGCAACGGCAUUAACAAUGAGUACAUCUUUCCUUACAGAAUGUUCGGUGGUGUGGUCGAUUCAGAUGUUCGUGCUCUUGCAUUUAGUCUUCAAUCCCGUUUGGUUGUUGCCCCUGUCGAAGAGAGACUCUUCUGUCACAGUCUAAAUAACAAGUGGGAAUUUCCUUGUUCACCGUAUAUCUCAAUGGACUUUUCCAAAGAUGGAAAUGUUUUGUACAUCGGAAGUGAAAGAGGUAAAAUCAACUUUUUGGAUCUUAAAGCUGGAAAAAUAUGUAGAUUUGUACAACAUAAUUGUGAAACCGGAAGAGAUAUGUCUACAUCUGUAACAGACAUGUACACUUCAUGUGAUGGCUUUUAUUUGUUAUUUGGGUCCUCGAAACAGAUUGCCUUGCUAGAUAUCAGAGUGGGAAAAGUAGUUCUAGACUAUGCAGGGAUUUCUCGUUCUCACAAAUCACAACCAGUUCAUGUUGACGCAAAUGAGCAAUUCGUUUCCUCAGUUGGAUCAGACGGAUAUACACACAUUUGGGACUUCAAGACAGCACGGAAACUUCGCAACAUUCCACCACCCUCACCUGUUCACUUGGAUGCACCAGCAAUUUCUUUCAUGCCUAAAAACGAAUUACCCGGUCUAAUGAUGCUGCAUCAAAACAAUUUUUAUGCUUACAUUUCUUAA